CUUCUCCCAACUACUGCUUUCAAUCCAGUACUCAAGUGAAUCAACCUUCUUAGAGCAUUUGUGUUCAUACUCACGGCAGCAGAGCGCAUUUAAGCCCACUUCUAGCGGGAUUCAUACAGCAACUGACACCAACCUUGCAACCAACAACAUCAAUACAACACUCGAUUCGGUAAUACAGCCGCAGAACUACAAUACGCAACCAUCGUGAACACUUCCAAUUCUCCAUAUUUACAGCAAACAAAAAUCGUCAAAAUGAGCUCGGAAGACGGAGAUGAUCCUGAUCUUCGAGCAGCAAUUGCUGCUUCGCUGAUCGACAUGACUGCUCCCGCGGACGGAUCGCCAUCGCAGCGCUGUCAACAGCCUGUGGUCGAUCUAACCGGUGACACCGAUUCUGAUGCUGAGGAUCGGGUGCCGGCCUUCUUCAAAUCAAAUUCUGUCAUAGGCUCUGACACUGACGAUGAGGAGGAUGAGGACAUGAAACGAGCGAUUGCGCUCUCCUUGCAGGAAUCUAGAGAAGUUCAGGAUCCCUCCUCCGCGAGCCCGUCAACGACUCUGGGUACCAUCACUGAUCAAGCUCCCAACCCUCCUUCGUUGAUUGAGUUGAUAGAUGACGACGAUGACUUGGAGAGAGCUAUCUCAGCAUCAGAGGAGAGUGUUUCUGGGCAAUCUUCAGCAUCUCGCUUACCUAUCACGCAGCAAGCCAACGCGAGCCAGACUCCUACUUCUGCCCCAGUGAUAACUGUCGGAGAUGAGGUCACUCAAGCUGAACCAGCUAGGCCGGCCUAUUUCUUUGGUCUUGAUCGAAAGCAAAUGGAGCAGGAGCGUCUUGCGCGACUCGCGAAACGCAAAGCUGACAACAGCACGUCCCACGAUGAGCCUGUAUCCAAAUCAACCAAAAUAGAGGCAACUCCAGCUCCUCGUACCAGCCAACCCAGCCGUAACUUAAACAUCUCCGGCAUUCAUGCUUCAACAUCUUCACCUCUCCAAUUUCCGGAUGGCGUGGUGAAGAAGACAUGGGCGUUAGGUCAUGCCCGAAACGGUUACGAUAUCAAGAUUGAGGAGGUUUUGCAAAAGUCAGAUCUAGAGGUGGCAGUGCUAAGCUCGUUCCAGUGGGACCUGGAUUGGCUAUUUUCCAAGACCGACAACAGAAGAACUCGCUUUCUCUUAAUGAUGGGAGCCAAGGACGAAGCAACCAAACGCGAGUAUGAAGCAGAGGCAGCAGCUCUGCGCAUUGUUCGAGUAUGCUUUCCGCCGAUGGAUGGUCAGGUGAACAUCAUGCAUUCGAAGCUGAUGCUCCUUUUCCAUCCUACAUAUGUACGGAUCGCGGUUCCAACCGCCAAUUUGACUCAAUAUGACUGGGGGGAAAUGAACGGAGUCAUGGAGAACAGCGUCUUUCUCAUCGAUCUACCGAAAUUGAACGAUAACCAGCAGGAGCUUCCAAGGACCGCAUUCUAUGAAGAUUUGGUACACUUCCUCAAAGCCUGCACUCUGCAAGAAAGCAUCAUCGCGAAGCUGAAGAACUUUGACUUCUCCAAAACAGCCAAAUAUGCAUUUGUCCAUACAAUCGGAGGUGCACAUGCAGGAACCGCAUGGGAACGUACAGGCUACUGCGGUCUCGGGCGUGCGGUAAGAAAUAUGGGCCUGCGCACAUCCAAACCACUAAACAUUGAUUUUGUUGCGUCUUCACUUGGCUCUCUCUCCGACAAUUUCCUCAAAUCCCUCUACCUCGCCUGUCAAGGAGACAACGGCCUAACGGAGCUUAGCCUUCGCAGCUCCAAGACCUACCCUGCAAAACACAUCACCAACCCUGCCACCCUCAUCUCCCAGAGCACAGCUGCAGAGUGGAAAAACGACAGGUUCCGCGUGUAUUUCCCCUCUCAACCCACCGUUGCCAGCUCCAAAGGCGGGCCCAACUGCGCAGGAACGAUUUGUUUCCAAUCGAAAUGGUACGAUGGCGACAACUUCCCGCGCCAUGUCCUCCGCGACUGCCAGAGUCGUCGGCAAGGUCUCUUGAUGCAUAACAAGAUCCUUUACGUUCGACCCGAUGAGCCCAUUCCCCUCACGCAGGACAAGAACUCUGUUUGCCGGGCGUGGGCGUAUGUCGGUAGUGCCAAUCUCUCCGAAAGUGCAUGGGGCCGCCUCGUGAUGGACCGAUCAACCAAACAGCCUAAGCUCAAUUGUCGCAACUGGGAAUGCGGGGUUAUUGUCCCCGUUCUUGAGGAACGAGGCCAAGGGGUGUCAGAGACUGCGGGCUGUAGUGUCCCGUCCUCGAUAACAGCCACAACGGCAGGAGGACCGGCAGAGGAUAACGAUCAGGCAGGAGGCUCAAUGGGCUUGUUUGACGGAGUAGUUCCCGUGCCGAUGCGGGUGCCAGGGCGUCGGUACGAAGGGAGCCUGCGACCUUGGUUCAACUCGCAGGGCUGAAUCUGGUUUGCACCAUUACGCUGGGCAGUUUCGAGGCGGUGGGGUUUGCUGUUUGUGAUGCCUUGUGCCAGCGAAUAGGAACCUUGGAGCCUUGGAAGGAUUGUAGGUAGCCUCAGUCCGGUUUGGGUUUAUGGAUUAUCAUGCAGAUUCAAGGUUUUGCCAACAAGAAUGGUAUGGUAUGUAAGAACUCCUUCUUUCUAUCUAAAUAAUAAAUUCCUCA